UUUACCUACCUCCACUUCGGGCGAGCAGGAUAUAACCUUUCGUAGUUGCAUAAAACUUGGGUAAGGUAGUUGACCUGUUGCUUGGAUAAGAAGGCCAUAACUUUUGUGAGCCUUUCACCGUUAGAUACUCCCACUUUCUGGCCAUCAACCGGCGUCUGCCCAACGUCCAGCCGCAAAAAUGCCCGGCGGGGUCAUCAGUAUUCUCGUCGUCAAUCCCAACUCAUCCCAUGCCAUGACACAGGGUAUGGAGGAUGCAAUUAAAGGUAUUCCGUUGGAUGAGUCGAUCAAAGUGUACACGUACACAGCACCUCCCGACAGCCCAGCAAGUAUCAACGAUGCGGAGGGUAUUCAAAUCAGCACGGAUGUCGUCCUCAAGGACCUCGCACAGUCGGGCGAGCUGGAGAAGUACGACGGCAUCCUCGUCGCUUGCUACAGUGUCCACCCCCUCGUCGGCCAUCUCGCAGAGCAGUACAAGAACGGGCUCUCCGUAACGGGUAUAUUCGAGGCCAGCAUCCUCACCGCCACUUCUUUGCUACCGCCCGCGACUUCAGGCUCCGGCUCCCAUCAGAGCCAGUGGGGGAUCGUGACUACCGGCGCGUUCUGGGAAGAGCAUCUCGGGACGGGGGUGAGGGAGUUCCUCGGCCAGGAGUCAGGGAGCAAGAACGCCAAAUUCAGAGGUGUAGCGUCUACGGGUCUGUCAGCCGGCGACUUUCACCAUGUGAGUGCCCAGGAGGUCAAGGUCAAGCUCGAAGAGGCCACCAGGCGGCUUCUGGGAGAUGGCGGGGUCAGCUGUGUGGUCAUGGGCUGCGCAGGCAUGGCUGGUUUGGAGGAGAUUAUCCGCACAACUGGCAUCAGCCAGUAUGGGACCGAGGCAGGUAGCAGCGUCCUCGUUGUGGAUGGAGUUAAGGCCGGCAUUCUCCAGCUUGAACAAAUGGUCAAGAGCCGGCGGUUGUUUUCGAUGAAAUAGAUCUGCCUGUAUUUCAUGUCCCUGGGAACGCCCCAUAAUUGGAUGGCCCUUGUUCCCUAUUUAAAAACAUCCUACAUGAUGACCGUACUAUAAGAAACGCCACGCUAAGGGGGGAAGUUGGGGAAAACAAUGAAGAAAG